CAAACGUAAAAACAGCGACAGUCUUAGCCCGAGGUAUCUACCAAUAAUACUUGAUAUUCAAGAAACAACAUUAUACUGAAAGCUUUAAGCCGUUGUUAUAAACAUUCGUCAGUUUCGAAACUAUAGUGAAGAGUGCACAUGCGAAUACAAUGUGUGCAUUUAAUAUUGUUCUAUUACUCUUUAUAUUCGGAUAUGCAAAUCCUAUUGAUAUCAAUGACAAGGAUAAUAAAGAAGUCCUUCCACCUCCACCACCAGAUGUUCUGAAUCAUGAAAAUCUUAAGCUGCUGCCGGAGGAGUGCGGUCAGAUCAAUUACGAUAGUAAAAUUCGAGACGGUACUGAAGCAGGUUUGAGAGAAUUUCCUUGGAUGGCACUUUUGGCGUAUAACACAGAAUAUGGUCGCCAGUUUAUAUGUGGUGGAAGCAUAAUAAAUGAAAAUUAUAUCUUAACAGCAGCCCAUUGCGUAGUGAAGACUGAAUAUCCACUUGUAGGAGUACGAGUUGGGGAAUACAGUAUUUUAUCAGAAAAGGACUGUGAAGAAAAGCAACCAAACGAUUGCCUUCCACCCCCUAAAGAUCUAACUGUGGAGAAAGUUAUAAUUCAUCCCGAUUAUAGCACAAGUACUUACGCCAAUGACAUUGCAUUGUUACGGGUAUCCAAAAUUAAUUUAGAAUCAGAUAGCAUUCAAGCUGUAUGUUUGCCAGUAUAUAAAGAAGUUAUAUCCCAAGACUACAUAAUGGGAACUGUUACUGGCUGGGGAUUUACUGACCCUUAUGGUAUCAACGUCGUCGACAAACUACAAAAGGUGUUCUUAAAGAAGCGCGACAUAGGGGUCUGCACCGAUGCUUACAAGGUCCAAUCCGAGAUCAAGUUGUCCUACAAACAGAUCUGCGUGGGCGGUGAGGGAAUUAAGGGUUCAUGUGGAGGCGACAGCGGAGGUCCUUUCCAUGUGCCAGCUCAUUUCAACGACGACGACAGGUACGUUCAACGCGGCAUCGUCUCCAUAGGUCAUCGGUUUUGUGGGACAGAUGGAUUCCCAGGAAUAUACACGAAGGUUACCUAUUAUGCCAAGUGGAUUUUGGACAGUAUUAAACCUUAAUUGUAUUUAAAAAA